AUGCAUUCUUUAAAAUGGAUCACACUUUUCAGAAAUGCAUGGUGGCUGAUGAUAAUUGUUUCUUCAAUCCAAUCCAUUUAUGGGGGUAGAUAUGCAUACAUCUCCCAUUGCGGUGGACGAGACUGCUCAGUUUGUCAAUGCUUCCCUGAAAAAGGUUCAAGAGGCCAACCUGGCCAGGUGGGGGCUCAGGGUGCAAUUGGUACUUUGGGUCCUGUAGGACCAACUGGUUUGCCAGGAGAAAAAGGCCAGAGAGGUGAUACUGGUUUUCCUGGGCCAGCUGGAGAAAGAGGCAAUAUGGGUUCUACUGGAGUUCCAGGAUUUUCAGGUUUAGAUGGGGUGCCUGGGUUACCAGGACCAGAAGGACUCAGAGGCAAGCCUGGCUUGGAUGGGUGCAAUGGCUCAAGGGGAGAUCCAGGGUUUCCUGGAGAAACUGGGCAAACUGGACCAAGAGGCUCACUGGGUAUGCCUGGGCAAAAAGGUGAAAAGGGAAAUUCCAUAUACAUUUCUGAUUCUGUUAAAGGGGUGUUGGGGGAAAGAGGAAAUCCUGGACAGCGUGGCAUGCCUGGCCCUAGAGGAGAGAGGGGGCCAAGAGGUCCAGCUGGAUUUCCAGGCCAACCAGGCAUACAGGGUGCUCAAGGUCGACCUGGGUUACCAGGUGAACAGGGAAACCCAGGUAUUGGAGUGGAAGGACAGAAAGGGGAGCCGGGUGAUAUAGGACCGCCUGGAUCGCCAGGGCAGCCAUUAUUAGUUGGACCUCCUGGUUCUCAACUAUUAAAGGGAGAAAAGGGUGUAAAAGGAAUUCCUGGAUCAAUUGGCUCCAAAGGGUUGCCUGGCCGAAAAGGAGAAUUCAGAAAUGGAGAAAAGGGUGAAAAGGGGAUUCCUGGUCUUCCUGGAAUGUUGGGAAGUCCUGGUUCUUACGGUUCUCCAGGUUCUCCAGGAAGGAAGGGUGAACCUGGAAUUGCUGGAUUUCCUGGACAAUAUGGCUUUGCAGGCAUUAAGGGAGAUCCUGGAGAGAGUGGAAAGCCAGGUGCACCAGGACCACGAGGAACACCGCAGACUGGAGUAAAAGGGUUUCAAGGGGAUCCUGGCGACUAUGGCCCAGCUGGAAGUGUGGGAGCCGAUGGGCUGAGAGGCCCUGCCGGUGCGAGAGGAAGGCAAGGAGAAGAUGGAGCCAGUCUCCCUGGUCCUAGAGGCACGUUAGGAGUACAAGGACCUCAAGGCUUGCAUGGUGACCCCGGUGUCCCUGGUGUCUCUGAAGCAGCUGCGGGAAAGCCGGGGUCUCCAGGAGUGCCAGGUUUACCAGGAAUACGAGGAAGCCAGGGCUUGCCUGGAGCACCUGGUGUGGCUUGCAAUGGGAGAGGAUCCUCUGGACCACCUGGAACUAAAGGCCAAAGGGGACCACCUGGAGAAAGAGGUGGAAAAGGAGAGAAAGGCAAUCCAGGAGACUGCUCAUGUGGUCCUGGUCCCUCUGGGGUACCUGGCAUACGAGGUCCACCAGGUGUUCCUGGAAGAAAAGGAGAGAUGGGAUCACCUGGAAAACCUGGAAGAAGAGGCAAUCCAGGCUUACCUGGUGCAAUGGGACAACCAGGCUCCCUCGGAAUGCCAGGCUCAUUUGGGCUGAUGGGAGAAAAAGGAGAUAAAGGUGACUCAGCUAGAGUUAAGAUCAAAGGAAUAAAAGGACAAAGAGGUGCCCAAGGAGAGCCUGGAUUUCCUGGAAAAAAUGGCAUUCCUGGCAAGAAUGGAGCCCCAGGAUUGCCUGGUGAAAAGGGGGUUCAAGGUGAUGAUGGAAGAGGUAUUCCAGGUGAUAAAGGAUUCUCUGGGCCACCUGGACUUCCUGGUUCAAGAGGGCCCAUGGGACCACCAGGUUUUGGAAUUCAGGGCCCUCAAGGUGUCCAGGGUCUACCAGGAAAUCCUGGAAACCCUGGUAUGAGAGGACCACCUGGCCCAAAGGGUCAGAAAGGUGGCAUUAGUCCAUAUGCAACAGGAUAUCCUGGGCAUCCAGGUGAACCUGGUUUAAAAGGCAUAGCAGGUCCAAAAGGAGUACAAGGUGAACCUGGGCAAUGUGGUCCCAAUGGUUUUGAUGGCCCCAAAGGUCAACAAGGCAGACCGGGAAGAUCUGGCAACCCUGGUCCAGAAGGUUUUAGGGGUGAGACUGGUGAUCCAGGUGAAAGAGGUGAAAGAGGUCCAAGCAUCGAUGGUGCUCCAGGGUUGCCAGGCCCUCCGGGACUUAAAGGUCCAAAAGGUGUUGCAGGGGACAUCAGUUAUGGUCCUCCUGGAGACCCAGGUGAUACAGGCCUUCCAGGCUUGCCAGGUUUACCAGGCAUAAGAGGUGACCCAGGUUUUGCUGGGCUUCAAGGUCAGCCUGGCAUACCAGGAUUUCCAGGAGCUAAAGGUCUUAGAGGAAGAAAAGGUGACUUCGGUGUCAUGGGAGAUCCUGGCUCUCCUGGACCGGCUUGUGACAAAAUUUUGCAGGGGCCACCAGGACCUCCAGGCUCUUUUGGACCACCAGGCUUGAUGGGGUUACGGGGCAUCAAAGGUCCACAAGGCGAUAUGGGUGCACCAGGUCCAGCUGGAAUGAAAGGCAUGCCAGGACUUCCUGGAAUACAAGGGCCAAAUGGGCGUCCAGGUUUAAGAGGAAAUCCAGGUCUUCUAGGAGAAAAUGGAUUACCAGGCCUUCCAGGACAAAAAGGGAGCAAAGGAUUACAAGGCAUGCAAGGUUUCCCAGGACUCCCAGGAAAUGAAGGAGAAAUGGGAGCUCCUGGUAUGAAAGGUGAAGAAGGACAAACAGGUCAGCAUGGUCCUCCAGGAGAAUAUGGAGUUAGGGGCUCCAAAGGUGUAACAGGACCUCAAGGGGAUGAUGGCCGCAUUACUGUGUUGGCAGAGAAAGGACAGAAAGGGGAGCCGGGCCUUGCUGGUGACAAUGGCUUACAAGGAAUGCAGGGUGAUAAGGGCAGCCCUGGAUUCAGAGGAAUCCCAGGAUUACCAGGAAGAAGUGCCCUUCCAGGAAUGCGAAAAGGUGAACCAGGUGAUGUGGGGCAGGUUGGUUUUCCAGGGCUACCGGGCUUCCCAGGGCCUCCAGGUUUGAGAGGAAUAACAGGUUUUCAAGGACAACAAGGUGACCAGGGUGAACAAGGAUUAUCAGGGAUUCCAGGAAACCCAGGACUAAAUGGUGCAAAAGGAUCUAAAGGUAGCAGAGGUGACCCAGCCAUUAACCAAAUCCAGCCUGGUAAGAAAGGUCCUUCAGGAGAUCUAGGAUUGCCAGGAGUUGAUGGAUUACCAGGAGACCAAGGUAUGCCAGGAGUCCAAGGGGGACCAGGAAGACAGGGACUGAAAGGAUUACCCGGAUAUCCAGGAACACCUGGCUUCCCAGGUGCUCAGGGAGUGGCAGGCUUUCCAGGAGCUCCAGGUGUACAAGGGGACCAUGGACUUCUGGGACCUCCAGGUAUGCCUGGAUUACCAGGCAGCCCAGGUAGAAAAGGCCUUUCAGGGUUGCCUGGAUUGAAUGGCCUGAAUGGACUGCAGGGUCAAAAGGGUUCAACAGGACCUCCAGGUUCAAGUGAAGUGGGGCCUCCAGGGUGCAUAGGAGAAGUUGGACCAAAAGGCAACCGAGGUGAACCUGGACCUCCAGGCCUCUCUUGCCCAGGGCCUCCUGGAGAUGUGGGGCCUUUAGGUCCUCCUGGCAGGCCAGGUGCUCCUGGGCCUGUUGGUCCAAUAGGUCUGCCUUCUGAAAUUCAGCUUCCUGGGCCUCCAGGUGACCAAGGCCCUGCUGGCUUAAAUGGCGCUAGAGGUCUUCCUGGCAAACCAGGCACUUCAGGAACUACUAUUCUUGUUAAAGGCGAUCCAGGUGACUGUGGGACAUUUGGCCCACCUGGGAUUCCUGGUCCACCUGGGAAACUUGGGCCUAAAGGUAUUCCAGGAAAGCAAGGAAGAGAAGGCUUAAAAGGUCCAGUAGGAAACCCUGGCCCUCAAGGGCCCCCUGGUGCCCCUGGUGAGUUUGGGGAUCAAGGAUAUCAAGGAGCAAUUGGGCCUGUGGGUCCCAAAGGUUGCAGAGGUGAGCCAGGUGAAGCUGGAACAGUCGAUUACUCAUGUCCUAAGAUUCCAGGGCCUCCUGGAGUUCUAGGUCCAAGAGGAUCACCUGGUCUCACAGGAUUAAGAGGGCCAGUAGGCUUUCCUGGCCCGCCAGGAAAGAAAGGCGAAGAAGGGAUUUUAGGUCAGCCAGGUCAGGGUGGCUUGCCUGGGCCACCAGGACCUUUUGGUGAUCAAGGUGACAUGGGAGAAAAAGGAUACACUGGGCUACAAGGUCUUCCAGGCCCAGCUGGGAUGCCAGGACCACCAGGACCAGAAACCAGAAUUGUUGGUGGGUUCCUGAUUGUUCUUCAUAGUCAGUCAGAUGCAGAACCACUUUGCCCAGAGGGAAUGCCAACAUUAUGGACUGGAUACAGCCUGCUGUAUCUUGAAGGGCAGGAGAAGGCUCAUAAUCAAGACCUUGGUCUGGCUGGAUCUUGCCUCCCAGUGUUCAGCACCAUGCCAUUUGCCUAUUGCAAUAUCAACCAGGUCUGCUACUAUGCAAGUCGAAAUGAUAAAACUUACUGGCUAUCAAGUGCAGCUCCUUUGCCCAUGAUGCCACUCUCUGAUGAAGAAAUAAAACCCUACAUUAGCAGAUGCGCUGUAUGUGAGGCUCCAGCCCAAGCUGUAGCAGUUCAUAGCCAAGAUCAAUCCAUUCCUCCCUGUCCGUUGAACUGGAGAAGUCUUUGGAUAGGUUAUUCUUUCUUAAUGCACACUGGGUCUGGUGAUCAGGGAGGUGGACAGUCUCUCAUGUCUACUGGAAGCUGCCUUGAAGACUUCAGAUCAGCACCCUUUAUCGAAUGCCAGGGCCAAAGAGGAACAUGCCAGUUUUUUACCAAUGAAUACAGCUUCUGGUUAACAACAGUGAAUCCAGAGUUACAAUUUACAUCAACCUCUUUCUCAGGGACUCUCAAAGAUGAGCAAGAACAACGCCGAAAUGUAGGCAGAUGUCAAGUCUGCAUGAAAGAGGGCUAAGGGC